AUGGCCUCUUCUUCAUCUUCUUCCGCUUCAACCACUCAUCUCUUCCACAAUCUCACAUCCAUUAAACUCGAUCACAAAAACUUUCUUAUUUGGAAAUCUCAAAUCUUACCUACCCUUAAAGGUUUUGGUCUUUAUCCAUUUGUUACUGGAACUAAUUCUGCCCCUGAAGCUUUUCUCCAAGUCGAUGCUGCUGACGGAUCUAGUGUCCUCACUCCAAAUCCUGCUUUUACCAUCUGGGAGGAGCAAGAUCAGAGAAUCCUUUCAUGGCUUCUCUCCACCCUUUCAGAAUCCAUCCUAGUCCAAGUGGUUGGUGAAUCAUGCACUACAUCUAAAGCCCUUUGGUCUGCUUUAGAACGCACAUUCGCCUCUCAAUCUCAAGCUCGUCUAAUGCAGCUUCGUCUUCAACUUCAGACGGUAAAGAAGGGCUCACUCUCGAUGGCCGAAUAUUUACAGAAAAUAAAAUCAAUCAUCGAUAGUCUCGCUGGUGUUGGAAAAAACAUAUCUCAACAAGAUUUCAUCAUUUAUGCUUUGGGAGGACUCGGUCCUGAAUACGAAUCUCUCACUGUAGCGGUAACCACUCGCACUGACCCCAUCGCCAUCGAAGACCUCCAAGGAAUGCUUCUUACACAUGAGAUUCAUCUUGAAUCACUCCACUCUAACUCUCCAACUGCUAAUCUUGCAUUUGGAUCGAGAGGGAUUUCAAAACCAUCCCACUUCCAACGAUCGCGAUGUUCGGUCUCCUCUCCGAGUGAUUAUAGUGCAGAAAAUGAAACUGUCAAUAGAUUGAGCUCCCAGAAUUCUAAUGGAUAUCAAAUAAAUGGGUCUUCAAGUUCAUCUAAAUUUUCACACUCCGACCGGGCUUCUACUAUCGGGUUAGGGGGUCCUUCUACUAAUGGGCCUUCUAUUUUGGGUCGUGGGCCUCGGGGCCCAAUAGAAAUAAAAUACAAUGUCAAUUGUGUGGUCGUUUUGGUCAUGCGGCUAAUGUUUGUCGAUCGGGUCUGUUUUGUAAUAUUUGCAAUUACAGGUCAUUCGAUUGAAACUUGCCGACGUCGUCAGAAUCAAAAUUCAACGACACACUCUGCUAUGAUGGCUACACCUUCUUCUGUUUAUGACUCGGCUUGGUAUCCCGACUCUGGUGCUACUGACCAUCUCACGACGAACCUUGACAAUCUUAGCAUCUCAACUCCAUAUAAUGGUACAGAAACUAUUAAAAUGAGAGACGAAUUAAUACAUUCUAACGUUUGGGGUCCUGCUCCUCUUUUCUCUACUAACGGUUUUCGAUAUUUUGUCCAUUUUAUCGAUGACUACAGCCGCUUUACUUGGCUAUAUCCUAUCUAUAGAAAAUAUGAUGUCUUGCCAACUUUUAUUAAAUUUAAGACACUUGUUGAAAAUCAAUUCAACACAUCUAUCAAAACUCUACAAUCUGAUUGGGGAGGCGAAUAUAGAAGUCUGAAAUCUUAUCUUGAAACUCAUGGCAUCCAACACCGUCUAUCAUGCCCUCAUACAAGUGAACAAAAUGGUGUUGCUGAACGCAAGAUUCGCCACCUUACAGAAAUGGGCCUCACUCUUCUUGCUCAUGCUUCUAUGCCCCUAUCUUAUUGGGAUGAUGCGUUUCUGACAAGUAUGUAUCUCAUUAAUCGUCUUCCUUCAAAUGUCUCUCCAAUAUCGCACCUUCCUUUUUUGCCACAUUCAUCACCACCAAUCUCCCCAAUUUUAACAUCACAAAUCCCUGUAGUACCAUCUUCUCCAAAAUCCCAACACUCAUCAUCAUCAUCAAACUCCAACCAUCCAUCUUCACCAAUCAACUCGCCAACAUCAAACUCCUAUCAACCAUCAUCAUCAACCAACUCAUCUUCAAUCAACCCUCUUACUCCCACACGUGGACUUACCACCGUUAUACAUGCUCCUGAAUGUUCCUCUCAUCAUAUGAUCACACAUGCCAAAACUCGUGCCCUUCACAAUGCUAACAUUGCCACCAUCUCCACCUCUCCACCCACAUGUUUCUCCACCGCCAAUAAAGAUACUAAAUGGCGUUCUGCCAUGGCAAAUGAGUUUAACACUCUAAUUCAAAACAAGACGUGCCUAGUUGUCAAACAUACUACCAUCCGAACCAUCAUCUCACUUGCCGUCACUCGGCAAUGGCCUAUUCAUCAACUCGAUGUUAGUAAUGCAUUUUUACAUGGAACUCUACACGAUGAAGUUUUUAUGUCUCAAUCGCCUGGGUUCACUCAUCCUGAUUAUCCUAAUCAUGUGUGCAAACUUCACAAAGAACUCUAUGGACUCAAACAAGCUCCCCGUGAAUGGUAUACUACCUUGAAAUCUGCUCUUCUUUCCAUUGGUUUUCAAGAAUCCAAAAAUGAUUCUUCUUUAUUCAUGUACCACUCUCCACAAAUUACAUCGUUAUUUCUUGUGUACGUGGAUGAUAUUAUAUUCACUAGUAACUCUUCCUCUCACAUCUCCUCAAUCAUCUCUCAACUUAACCACAUUUUCCCUCUUAAAGAUUUAGGUCCACUACACUAUUUUCUUGGGAUUGAAGCUCAUCGAUCUACCUCCGGCAUUUUUCUCUCUCAAUCAAAAUAUAUCAAUGAAAUUCUUAUCCGAGCCAAUAUUAGUGACUCAAAACCUCUUAAUACUCCAAUCUCUUAUGGGUCAUCUUUAUCUCGCCAUGAUGGUGAUACUCUUCCUGAACCAUUUUUGUAUCGCAGCAUUGUUGGUGCUCUCCAAUAUUUGACGCAUACUCGACCUGAACUAGCAUUUGCUGUCAAUCGUGCAUGCCAAUUCAUGCAGUCUCCUACCACCACUCAUUGGUCUGCAGUAAAAAGAAUACUCCGCUACCUUCGUCAUACUCCUCAUCAUGGACUUCUCAUUCGUCCAUCAUCUUCUCUCGAUAUAUGUACCUUUUCUGACUCCGACUGGGCUGGUUGUCCGGACGAUCGUCGCUCCACAACUGGCUACUGCAUAUUUCUUGGUGACAAUCUUAUUUCUUGGAAUUCAAAGAAACAACAAGUUGUUGCUCGGUCUAGUACUGAGUCUGAGUAUCGAGCUCUAGCUCAUGCCACUGCUGAACUCAUCUAG